AAGCUCUGCGGGAACGCGCUCCGUCCGCCGUGCUGUAGUCGUUGCUUCUCAAGUUGUUGAUUCCAGACGAGGGAAGCGGGCUCACUUUGUUCUAGUCUCGUGAAAGGGUUUUUCUGUGAUUUGCAAGGAGAGACGCGUUUACGGGGUGGAAUUGUAUUAUCGGAGUAUUAUUAUUUUAUUCUAAAAGCUUACUUAAAGUCAGAAGGCGCUUUUUUUCCCCCUUCCGUCUCCGCUCGCGUCGCUGGGCCGAAACUCGGGGCUGUGGAUGCCCACCGAGUCCGCGGGAGCGCUAGCAAGCCUCGGCUAUGACGGCCGGCGGCGCCCGCUAUCUCCGGAUAAGCGGUUGAUAUAGACUUAUUUUUUAAUUGCGGCUCAAACAUGGCUGGUAGUUACUGUAUGGUCCGAUUUACUAGUUAGCCGCCAGUGUUUUUUUUUCCUACAACAGUCGGAUUUAAUUGCUUGACUGGCAGGAUAUUAGAAUAAUAGUUAAUGAUAGCAUUGAUUUGUUAGUAUAAAUGAAAUAUUUUUGAUAUCCAGUCCAAAUCUGGGAUCACAUUGUACUGGUGAAAACAAAGCUAUAUAAAUGUAGUCUAUAGCUAAUAGUUUUGUAUUUUCUUUUAUUGAAUGACUGGAGAGCUACCUAGCUGGUCAUAUAGCAUAUUAGUCGUUUUUUUACAGAAAAUAAAGGAAGUCGCAGAGCCGAUCGUUCGCCGAUAGUUACAGUACUUGGCAGAAAAGAAGCAAUGUCGUUUUUUAAUUUUCGCAAAAUAUUUAAGCUGGGGGCAGACAAGAAGAAGAAGCAGUAUGAGCACGUCCACAGGGACGUUAAUCCGGAGGAUAUUUGGGAAAUCAUCGGCGAGCUGGGCGACGGAGCCUUCGGGAAAGUCUACAAGGCCCAGAAUAAAGAGACGGGUACCCUGGCUGCAGCUAAGGUCAUCAGCACGGCGACUGACGAGGAGCUGGAGGAUUACAUGGUGGAGAUAGAAAUCCUGGCCUCCUGCGAUCACCAUCACAUUGUGAAACUGCUGGAUGCCUUCUACUAUGAUACCAAACUGUGGAUUCUGAUAGAGUUCUGUGCAGGGGGAGCCGUCGACGCCGUGAUGCUGGAGCUGGAGAGACCCCUGACUGAGCCCCAGAUCCGGGUGGUUUGCAGGCAGACCCUCGAGGCACUGAUUUACCUGCACGAGAACAAGGUGAUUCACAGGGACCUGAAAGCUGGUAACAUCCUUCUCUCUCUGGAAGGGGACGUCAAGCUGGCUGACUUUGGUGUGUCAGCCAAGAACACGAAGACUCUUCAGAGAAGAGACUCCUUCAUCGGGACCCCAUACUGGAUGGCCCCCGAAGUGGUCAUGUGCGAGACCUCUAAGGACCGGCCCUAUGACUACAAGGCAGACAUCUGGUCCCUGGGCGUCACGCUGAUUGAGCUGGCGCAGAUAGAGCCCCCCAACCAUGAGAUGAACCCCAUGAGAGUCCUGCUGAAGAUAGCCAAGUCUGAGCCCCCUACUUUGAUGCAUCCAUCGCACUGGUCUCCGGAGUUCAGUGACUUCCUGCGGAAGGCGCUGGAUAAAAAUGUGGACAACAGGUGGAACAGCAUUCAGCUCCUGCAGCACCCUUUUGCUGCGAACGUGCCGGACAGCAGGCCUCUUCGGGAGCUGAUAGCAGAAGCCAAAGCAGAGGUCACGGAGGAAAUUGAGGAAUCCAAAGAGGAAGAGGAAGAUGAGGAGCCAGAGCCACAGUUGCUGGGGCCUGGACAUCAGCGAGCUCUGUCAGAUGCCAGCUUCGGCAGUUCGGAGGAUGAGAAGCUGUCUCAGACGACCUCCGUCUUGGAGUCGGUGUCGGAGAAGGCGGAGACGGAAGGCUCGGAAGACAAGGCCAGCGGCAAGCUCUCAGACGAGGGCAUUGGAAGCAGUGACUCUGACAAGAUGGAGAACGACAAGCUCAAUGAGGUCCAUGUCCCAGAGAGCAGCAGUAAAGAGGAACCAGCAAAAGAGGGCCUUCAAGUUGUGACUGAACCCAUUCCUGAGAUCAGGCUUGAACUCGUGCCUGAGAUUAAGCCAGAACCCAUUCCUGAAGUCAAACCAGAACCUGACCCUGAGCUCAGGCCUGAACCUGUAACCAAACCUGAUCCUGACCUAAGACCAGAACCUGUGCCUGAGCUCAGGCCUGAACCUGAGAGCACAGAGAAAGCCCCUGGAUCUCCAGAACAAGCCUCAAUAAUGGACAACAGGCAGGAGGAAGCACCAGUACCUUUAGAGGAACCUAAAAAGGCUCAGGAUCCAAAUCAAGAGGCAGAUGCUCAGAAAGAGGCCCAAGGCACUGGAGAUGGCACAGCCUCGCCCAUGGAGCAACAAGAGCCACAGACGGCGCCGAGCUCCUCCCCUCAGACGGAGGCCCCGGCAGACAAGGCUGGGCCCAAACAGACCAACGGCGAGAAGGAGAAGGACUCCGAUUCCGGGAGCAGCUCUGCAGCGGAUAACAGCAGCGUCGACCUGAACCUCUCCAUCUCCAGCUUCCUUACUAAGAACAAGGAAACUGGCUCCGUUUCCAUCCAGGACAUCAAGCGGCAGAAGAAGACUCUAAAGAAGACCCGUAAGUUCCUGGUGGACGGCGUGGAGGUCAGCGUCACCACGUCGAAAAUCGUCACAGACAAUGACACCAAAAAUGAAGAAAUGCGAUUCUUAAGGCGGCAGGAGCUGCGUGAGCUGCGUCUGCUGCAGAAGGAGGAGCAGAGGGCCCAGCAGCAGCUGAGCGACAAGCUGCUGCAGCAGAGGGAUGUCAUUUACCGCCGGUUCGAGCAGGAGAUGGCAGCUAAGAAGCGGCAGUACGACCAGGAGAUCGAGAGCCUGGAGAAGCAGCAGAAGCAGACGGUGGAGCGUCUGGAGCAGGAUCACACCACGCGUCUGCGUGAUGAGGCCAAGCGCAUCAAGGGCGAGCAGGACAAGGAGCUGGCCAAGUUCCAGAGCACCAUGAAGAACCGCAGGAAAGAGGUGAAAGAAGAAGUGAACGUUUCUCCCAAACAUUUGAGAAAAGGGCUCAUGAAACGCUUAAAAGAGGACCUAUUGGUCACACAGCAUCAACAGGAACAAGAGUUCCUGCAGAAGCAGCAGCAGGAGCUGGACGGUUCUCUGAAGAAGAUCAUCCAGCAGCACAAGCACGAGAUCGCCACCAUCGAACGGGACUGCCUCAACAGCAAGCAGCAACUCAUGAGAGCUCGCGAAGCUGCCAUAUGGGAACUGGAAGAGCGCCACCUGCAGGAGAAACACCAGCUGCUGAAGCAGCAGCUGAAAGACCAGUAUUUCAUGCAGAGACACCAGCUGCUGAAGAGACAUGAAAAGGAGAUGGAACAGAUGCAGAGGUAUAACCAACGGCUGCUGGAGGAGAUCAAGGUCCGACAAGCCCAGGAGAAGGCCCGGCUGCCCAAGAUCCAACGCAGCGAUGCCAAGACGCGCAUGGCGAUGUUCAAGAAGAGCCUCCGCAUCGCCUCCAGCGGGACCCCGGAGCAGGACAGGGAGAAGAUCAAACAGUUCUCCGUCCAGGAGGAGAAGAGGCAAAAGAACGAGCGGCUCCAGCAGAUGCAGAAGCACGACAACCAGAUGAGGGACCUGCAGAUGCAGUGCGAAAGCAACGUGCGGGAGCUGCAGCAGCUACAGAAUGAGAAGUGCCACAUUCUGAUCGAGCAUGAGACCCAGAAGCUGAAGGAGCUGGAUGAGGAACACAGCCAGGAGCUAAAGGAAUGGAGAGAGAAACUACGGCCGAGGAAGAAGGCCCUGGAGGAGGAGUUUGCCCGCAAGAUGCAAGAGCAGGAGGUGUUCUUCAAGAUGGGCGGAGAUUCUGAAUGCCUUAAUCCCUCAGCCCAAAGCCGGAUCUCCAAGUUCUACCAGAUCCCUAAUGUCCCCUCCUCUGGUCUGUAACCCUGUGCCACCCUCACAGAGCUGGACGUACCGUCAUCUCUGCCUCCGUCCCGUCCCCGUCCCCGUCCCCCCCCACCGACGACAAUCUCUAUUACCUCUACAAUGUCUUUUUUCCACUUUGCUCUUCAGUGCUGUAUGACUCGAAUGCAGCCACCCGAAGCCUCACAAUUUUUUUUAAACCAUGGCUUUAUUAGAAUUUAGAUUAGAAUGUGGAUUGACUCCUGCAUAGCUUAUCCUCUGUAAUAUUUAAAAAAAUGAAUUGGAAUUGCUUAAGGAGGGUCUAUAUUUUUGGCCGUUUUUUCCUCUUUUUUUAAUGCUUUAAAGGUUUCGGGCAGCUGAGGCAUAUCAAUAUUUAUGAUUAUUGAGAAAUUCAGUGACUGCCAUUUUAAAUAUUUUUUUUUUCUCCAGAAGAUAACCCAGUGCCUGCAGCGGUCUGUUUCAGUCAGUCUUUUUUUUUCUCUCUUGCUUUGCUGCUCCAUUUUCACAUUCGGUUCAUUUGCACUAAAAUCUGCUGGAUAUUUCGCAUCGACGCCACAAAAGAAAAUAAUAAUAAUGUAUAUUUUAGCACCGAAGCUGAUGAUUGAAUUUUAAAGGCAAGGCUUCAGAAGGCUGCAUUUCUAUAGUAAUGCAGUGGAAUGUUGGUAAAUGGUUGAGUAGGCAUUCCAGAUGGAAUGAAUGGGAUGAGGAUCAAUAUAUUGCUUGGAGAUGCUGGAUUGAUGGUGCUACCCUGCUGGUAGCCUGAGGAGAUCUCAUCCACAGUGACUGCUUCCUCAGUACAAUUUUUACUUGAUGUGCAACUAUUGUGUGUGUGUGUGUGUGUGUACAUAUCACCUAAGGUUUCUGUGGGUUACAGUUUCAAGUGAAAUGCCUUUUUUG